ACCAUAGUGUGUGACGUGUGUUUGCUCUCGUGCGCGCGCUCCUCUGCGUGCCAGAAUGUGAGCGCGUGAUGACCCUCCCUGCAAUCCGUAUCAAACACACACUCUGCUUUUCCUCGGUGUUUUGUGUGAGUGUGUGUGUGUGUGUGUGUGAGAGAGCUCACAAUAUUCAUCUGCUCUGUGUAUAGAGGGAGGGACAGAAACCUCGGCUGGCGACAGAAACCAAUCAGAGCGCCACAUUACCGAAGACAUCGAUCGGGAUUCAUUUAUCUGACGGAAACCGCCAUCAGUCUGUCAAACAAUAACCUUCAGAAACCCCAGAUAAACAUUACGCGACGACGACAUGGCUGACUUUACUAUUGAUCAGAACAACCUGCCGGGGGUAAAAGAGGUGUGCCGGGACUUUGCUGUGCUUGAAGACCACUGUCUUGCCCACAACCUUCAGGAACAGGAAAUCGAGAGCCACCUGGCAUCCAACGUCAACAAGAGCCGUCUGGUGCAGCAGGACCUGCAGGUGGCCAAACGUCUGCAGGAGGAAGAGGACCAGCGGGCCAAAGCCGAGAGCAAGAGACAACACCGCCGCAUUGAACGCAGCGACAUUGAAAUUGCUCAGGAGAUUCAAGAACAACUGGUCCGGCAGGCUGAACAACAGAGGCAGCAGGAGGAGAAAGAUGAGGCCAUCGCCCGUAAGCUGCAGGAGCGAGAGAUGAAAGAGGAGAGAAAACGACAAAAGCAGAUGGAAGCAAACCCUGAGGAGUACUACGAAGAUAAAGCCCCCCGAUUUCCACUGGACCUACGAGAGCCAAAACCCCGUUCCGCUUCUCCAGGUCACAGAAAAGGGAAGAGUCACGACUACAAUCAAAUUCUUUCCCCAUACAACUCUCCAGAGCCAGACAGAAAAAGAUAUCCCAAUAGCCAUAGUCGAUAUCCAGAGUAUGAGCCUAUUGAGUUAGGCCGAUCUAGGCAUCCAGAGAGUCCAAGCAAGGGACGGGUCCCAGAGUACUGCUCACCUGAGCGACGACCGAAAGAUUAUUCGAGAGGGGGACACAAACCUCUCGAUCUCGAUUGCACAGAACCUCGUAGAAGGAAGAAACAAGAUCAAUGGGAUGACCUGGAGCCAGUGGUGCUCCGGAAGGAGAAACCUCCCAGAGAUUACUCUGCAAGCCGGGACGGGGUCUCAGACAAUGAGAGGAUCAGGGAACGAGAACGAGAAAGGGAUGGACGGAGAACCAAAGAAAGGUCGAGAGAUCGGAACGGGACAAGAAGUCAAGAUCGGCUGUUUAGCGGAGAUGCCAAGCAAUUUGACAGGGGCAGGAACGUGGACCAGGAAAUGGACCGAAAUGGCUAUGGACACGGUAGCAGAGACAGGCAAAGAGAACGAGGCAGAGAUGGGAACAGAGGGAGGCACAAAAGCAGGGACCGAGAACUGGACGAUAACGGUCUCGCCCCAACUACAGGCUGGUCAGAGGAAAGCCUGGAGUGGGAGGAUCUCAGGAACAGGCAGAGGCUCCCGUCAGGUCCUAAUGAGGUGUUUGAGGAGCCCGUUCUCAGAGGCCCCCUAAAUGAGGACCGGUCCUCUGAUCAUUCUCCCAGAGAGAGAGGUCGGAAGGUGCGAGGAGAAUUUGGCUUGAAGGAGGCAACACAUGGACUGGCCCACUUAGACCUAAGCGACCAAGAGCUCAAAGACUUGGAGGUGGCACGCAGGCUGCAGGAAGAAGAAAUCAAGGCGAGUCAGCUUGACAGAAGAGCCGCUCAAGUUGCAAAAGAUGAGGAAAUAGCCCGACGGCUGAUGGAGGAAGAGAAAAGGGAGUAUAAGAGAUCAAAAGAGAAGGAGAAACAAGUGAUGGAGAGAAGACGGCCUGAGCUGGAAUAUAAGCCAGUGCAAGAAGAAGUCGUCCGACCACGAACUCGAGAAGAGCCGCGCAUCAGAGAGGACGAGUACCAGAGAGCACGCAACCACAAACCUGCGAGGCCGCCUCCUCCGACGCAGCACUACGAGAACAUAAACCCGAGCUACGCGUAUGCAGACAGCCCUUACUCCCCUCGCCCUCCGUCAAGACCAGAGCCGUACAAAGGUGCCCCCUACAGGCCGUGACCAACUGCUGUCCAAUCAUGAGUUCGUUCGGCCCUUUAUUUUGCGAAUCAAUAGAGGAGAAAGCGAUUCAAAAGUUCUUUGAGGCUUUCGGAAGAAGCUACUGACACUUUAUUUUAUUUUCCCCUCUUGGAGUUUCUCAGUUCAUCGCAUCAGAUGAGCCAAUGUCACGUCUUCGUGUUGUGAAAGAGUCUUUUACCCUGGAGCUACGAACUACUGUACCGAACUACUCCUGUAUGCUUCUCAUGUUCUUGUCUUAUUGUGGAUGACUGGACAGGAAGGGAUCUACUGCACAGCUCUUACGAACAUCCCUUUUCUCUUGGCAUCUAUAAAUGAAGUUUCGUCUUGAUUCCAUGUUGAGUUCAGGAUACAGCAGUUUUCCGGCAGUUUUUUCUGUUUUUAUUUAAUGGAAAACAUGCUUGAAUUUAUAUACAGCACAUGUUUGUGCUUUGUAUUUAUUGAUUUAUUUUCAGAGGAUAUAUUUUAUUUUAUUUUUUUGAUCCAUAUUUUUUUUUAACGCUGAUUGUUUUACGCUUUCCUCGAUCGACCCGAAGAGACUGUUAGCAUAAACUGGGAAUGAUCCAAUUUGUGGAGAUGCGGAAUUCCAGUUAUCUCAUCAUCUUAAGAAGCAGGUUCAGUCUUCGAAUCAAAUCUAAUAUCAAGGUUGUCAGUGCUUCUUCAUAUCAUUAAUGAGAGACUCUUUACUCACACUGAGGGCUCAUGUACAGCUAGGGUUCGAGACGCUCAGUUUUCGGGUGCCUUUGUUUUUGUGAUAUCUCACCUGCAGUGUCUGUAGCGAUUCUCUCAUCUGCUUCAUAGGUGCUUCAGGACUGAUGUGCUCCCGUGUUCAACUGCAUGCUGGGUGAAUGUGAACUCUGUGGGGUCUAUAUGAAUUUUAUCAUCUGGAAACAAAACCAACAUGGCCAAAAACAUCUCUACUCAUUUUUAUAUAUUUUUAUGUUUUAUUUAUAAUUCAAUAAAAAUUCAAAACACAAGUGAAGGCAUGUUAGUGGCAUUGCUAUUGGCACGGAUGUAAACCGUUUUGUUGCUUGCAUCAUUCUAUGUAAUUCAUGAUAGUAUAUCAGUGUUCAGAUUUGCAGUGCUUUGCAUUUGGUGUCAAACUUACUUUAAAAACUGACCAGCAAAUAAGGCAGCAAACGAGUGAUUGGCGUUUAUCUGGCACUUUCUAUGAACAGAGUACUGAAAAAAAAGGCCUGACAUUAUUAUUGUUAUCAUAUUUUUAUAUUUUUCUUUUUUUCUGUGUGUCUGUGGGUUUUUUCAUGGACAAAUAAUUCCAAGAAAACAAGCAGAUAACCUUCCGUUUUCUUUUUUUCCGUCAUUUUUUUUGCACUGCUUUUCUUAGAUUUUGUUUUUUAUCAUUAACUUUUCUAAAUCAAAAUAUAAAAACCCUAAAAAAAACUUUUUAUUUAUUUAUUUCAUCAAUUGAUCAGAAAAAAUAAGUGUGUAACGUUCAGAAAUGUUUGGUUUUCCUUCGCUUUUUUGUUGUUAGUUUUUUCUUGUUUUCCACUGCAUUCCUUUCUUUCGCUUUAUUUUAUUUUUAUUUUUUGGCAUUUUUGUUUGUGUUUGUGUUGCUUGCAGUUUUUCUUAGUGUUUGUUUUUUGUUUCGCAGUUUAAGCGAAUCUCUAAAUACAAUGUAAAAACAGUUGUUGUUUUUUCCCCACAUCUGUUUAUUUCUAGCAAAAAAAAAACAUUAAAUAGAACAAAGUUUAAAAAGUAUCAACAAACUGUGUUGCACAUUUCGCUAAAUUAAUCUGUAAUUCUGUUGGAGCUCACUAGUUUGGGACCAAAUACCAAUAACAGUAUUAUGAUACUUUUUGUGAUAUCUUACAAAACCAUUUGAUGUUUUUAAUACUAGUAUAAAAUAAUUGCAUAUAAAACUAUCAAAUAAAAUAAUUUAUCUAGCAUAUCUAAUGGGUUCCUCUUAAGAAGCUAUUAUUUAUUUAGCAUUUAUUGCUUGAAAAAAAGUCCAGUUGUUACCCUGUUUAUGGAAAGUGCCAAAUGCGCAUCACUCUUUCAGGGUUUUCUCUCCUUUCCCUUACAGUCAUCGCUUACAUCCCAUGUUCCUGUGUUUUGAAGGGAUUACAUUUCCCUUUAGGCUUUUGGGAAUGGAAAUAUGAUUGUGCAGGUUACAUGUAGCAUCCUGUACAGAUACAACUAGACACAGCAGCUACUUUGAAUCGCAUUAGUGCCUCUAUAAGACCAGUGUUAGAUCGCUAGAGCUGAACGCUCGCAUCUUAUAAUGACAAUAUGCUUCUUUGUAUCCGUGCAUUCCAGUAAAAAGGCAUGGCCAGAAAUGCAGCCAAUAUAAUGCGUCCAUGCUGCUACGCUUAAAGGGGAUUUAAAGACUUUUUCUUGUGGAAUUGUUUUGCUGAAAUCAGUUUUGAAUCACGUUACGUGUGUGUUUUAGUGAUGAAUGUGCAUCUCUCUCUAUCUUUAAUGCUGUGUCAAUCUAGUGCAUAUCACGGUGCAUUUUGCAACGCACUGUAGCAUUCGACAAGAUAAUCUGUACCAUUCUGAUCGUAAAUGGCUAGAUGGGUUUUGUGCCAAAUGUCAUUCAACAUUCAGGGAUUUCUAGAAAAGUGUUGCUGUAAAACUGUCAACAUCUGAUGGUGGUGUGAUCCGGGGGGAAAAACAUCCGGUUUACAGAUGUUCUGCUUGAGGCUGUAAACAAACUGAAGUUUUCGCACCUGAUAUGCCGAUGUAAAUGUAUGUGUGUGACGAGCGAUAAGCGACUUAAGCAUUUUCCACUCAGCAUAUGAAGAAGACGUCCAUGCCGGUUUGUUUUUCAAUCAGCUGCUGCUGGAAACGUUUGUAUCUUGCACAUUCCCAUCGCUUCCACUGGCCAACUGUACAUACCAAAUAAAUGAGCUUAAAAGGGAAA